UGAUCCGAGUUAACUGCAUCCGUAAUCCACUCCCUCUUCCGUAGUGUGCGUUCUUGUUUCGCGUUGCUUAACAUUUAUCGCGUCUUGUGCUAGAUUACUCCAUCCAUCCACUUACUCAUCGCCAGUGUUUCUUCCUUUUUUUGCUCGCACUCGAUCGACUUUCGAGAGGAAAUCGAUGGGCGAACGUGACGCGAACAAUUACCGUAAAUAAUGCAAUUAUUCGCGAAUUUACGACCAAAUCUAACUUUUGCGAUGAUCUCUUCAAGACGUUUCAAUCAAGGACGGAUGUAGCGAAGCGGCAAUUAAAUUUGCGUUUUAUUAAGAAAAUGGGAAUUUCGCCAGUUAUUUAUUAAUGUAUUGUGUGGCUACUAUUCGGACCUCAACUUUAAGAGAUGAUGGAGUCUCUCAACCUCACACAUCUCGCCGUUUGCACGCUCUUAUCCCCCUUUGACAAACCUCACCUCUUGUGCACCUUUCUGUGAUAAACCGUUAUCAUAGUGUUAUCAUGUCAAAAUGCUAAUCCGAAAGUUUAGAUAAGAAGAUAAAGACGUGGAAUAGUGUGUGUGCGCGUGUGUAAAUCCUCGAAAUAUUCGUGUACAAGCCUGACGAUGGGCGUGUUGUGGAGGAAACGUUCGUUCUUGUUGAAACUAAUCGUGAUUGUGGGGACGGCCUGGUUUACGAUAGCUUUUCUCUUGUACAAUGACGACAGAGGCUCGAAUCGUAUUCCGGUGCCGGUGGACGAUGAACAGGACGCAGUGCCGCGAGUUUUGCCCUUCAGGAGGGAACCUCCACACCGGGAGGCGCCCAAGAAGGAGGAGGAGAAGCCGGUCUUGCUACCGCCAGCGAGCAAUGCAGGGGAGAUGGGCAAGCCGGUGGUGCUGCCCUCCAAUCUUUCAGCCGACGUAAAGAAGUUGGUCGACGCUGGCUGGCAGAAAAACGCCUUCAACCAAUACGUCAGCGAUAUGAUAAGCGUCCACCGAAGUUUACCGGAUCCCAGGGACGAAUGGUGUAAGGCUCCGGGUCGUUUCCAGGAAGCCCUCCCCCAAACCUCCGUCAUUAUUUGUUUCCACAAUGAGGCCUGGUCUGUCCUCCUUCGAACAGUUCAUUCAGUCCUCGACCGCUCCCCUUCACAUCUCAUCAAGGAGGUGAUCCUUGUGGACGACUUCUCCGACAUGGAUCAUCUCAAGCAGCAACUAGUCGACUAUUUCGCCUCCGAACCCAAAGUCAAGAUAAUCCGUGCGAAAAAACGCGAAGGUUUGAUUAGAGCCCGUCUUCUGGGGGCGGCACAUGCCGAAGGCGAAGUUUUGACUUAUCUGGACUCGCACUGCGAGUGCACGACGGGCUGGUUGGAGCCGCUUUUGGAUCGGAUAGCAAGGGAUCCGACGACGGUGGUGUGUCCGGUUAUAGACGUAAUCGAUGAUACAACAUUGGAGUAUCAUUUCCAUGAUAGUGGAGGAGUCAAUGUGGGAGGGUUCGAUUGGAAUUUACAGUUCAAUUGGCACGCGGUGCCCGAACACGAGAAGAAGAGGCACAAGAAUCCGGCCGAACCGGUGUAUAGUCCCACCAUGGCUGGGGGGCUUUUUAGCAUUGAUAAGAAAUUUUUCGAACGUCUGGGAACCUACGACAACGGCUUCGACAUUUGGGGCGGCGAGAACUUGGAGCUCUCCUUCAAGACGUGGAUGUGCGGUGGCACUCUCGAAAUCGUUCCGUGCUCACACGUCGGUCACAUCUUCCGAAAACGUUCGCCGUAUAAAUGGCGAAGUGGCGUGAACGUUUUACGCCGAAAUUCUGUCCGAUUGGCCGAAGUCUGGCUGGACGAAUACGCCAAGUAUUACUACCAGCGGAUAGGCAACGAAAAGGGCGAUUUCGGAGACAUCACCUCGAGGAAAGCACUCCGCGAAAAGCUGGGCUGUAAGAGCUUCAAGUGGUAUUUGGACAACAUCUAUCCGGAGUUGUUUAUUCCGGGCGAAGCGGUCGCCAGUGGAGAGAUUCGCAACUUGGGCAUUGGCGGAAAGACCUGUUUGGAUUCUCCAGCUCGUCGCAGCGACUUACACAAACCUGUGGGCUUGUACCCUUGCCACCGCCAAGGCGGAAAUCAGUUCUGGAUGUACAGUAAAAGUGGUGAGAUCCGUCGAGACGAGGCCUGCCUUGACUACAGCGGUCAAGAGGUGAUUCUGUACCCGUGUCACGGCAGCAAGGGCAACCAAUUUUGGGAUUACAACGCCAACAGCAAACUUUUAAGGCAUGGAAGUAGCGAUAAAUGUUUGGCCAUAAACGAAGCGAAAAAUAAACUACUAAUGGAGCCCUGCGACGAAGAGGCCACAAGGCAACACUGGUCGUUGGAGAACUACGACGCCAGCAAAUUGUGAUUGUUUUAGUUUAUGUGUGUGUGGCAAAAAGACGAGUAAAGUAAGUGUACAAAAGUUUUGUAUAAAUGAUCGGUUUUGCAGUUUUAUAACGAAUUGUAGAUUCUAGCAACGACUGUGUCUAUCAAUAUCUACAUAUCCAAUUGUUUUAGCGCUCAAUUGUUACAUUCCUUUACUUAAGACUGUAAAUAACUGGUUACAUAUCCAACAAAUAUCAUUUAAGCAAGCGGCCUGUGUAUAUAAUAACAAUUGAAAAGUACUUAAUUUCAUGGCAAAUUAUUUUCGAAAACGAUCAUGUGAUAAUUAGUCCUUUAAUUAUGUAAAUAAUUCUAUUAUUUGCUCAAUUUCGUUCCCUUUUACGUCAAUUAUUCUUCAAAGGGCCAUAAAGCAGCGUUAUGUAAAUAACUCGCAGUAUUUUAUCCUGAUUUUAUUAUUACAUAAUCAUAAUGUACUUAAUAUAGUGUACUAGACAUGUAAAUGUAGGCCAGUGUAUGUAUUUUUAUAACGUGCCUUAUUUGUGUAUAUAAAACGUUAAUAAAAUUAUGUUGAAAUCA